AUGCUCCUGAAACUUUUUAAUCAGGAGUACGAGCUGGCUGAAGGUCAACUAGGAGUUUAUUACCACUCUGAUAGCUUCUAUGGUCCCAUGUCCUCUGGCACCCUCACAUUUCAGACCAAAAAGGAAAACCAACAAGGUGGAGCUUCUCGGCCCUUCUCUGGCAGUCCUUCUAAAGGCAAUCGCUCCAAGUUUGUCUCUGGGUCUCCUCGUAAAUCUGCUGUCACCACUGGCUCAGAGCAAUUUACCAUCAAGAACCUGACUGUUUCUCCCUUCCUGGAAUGGGACGCUAAAAUUCCUGUAUAUGAUGGAUGUGCUCGUUCCCAAAGCAAGUAUCAGGGUUUCUCAUUUGCUCCGAAGGAUUGGGAUUCCUUAACCUCUCUUCCACGUUACCUGAAAGAACUUCCUGAUGAUGUGGUUGUGACUGUAGGCUUCACUCUCACUGCUUGGAGCAUUGCGGAGCUUCCAACUGCUCAUUUUUUCAUCGCUUUUGUCAUUUUGCUGGCUUUGCCUGUAAAAAAUUAA